GAACAGCAAGGGUUUGAAGGGUUUUCAGUCGCAAGGGUUUUAACGUUUAAGGAGUAAAGGAUGCCACGCACCACCACCGUCUACUGCCCCGGAUGCCCUCCACUUCGAGCCCUAACUUUCGAUGCCCUUGGUCUCAUCAAAGUAAUCGAAUCUCGAGGUAAGGGAGGAGGAGUUCCCAAAGUGGUGGAGAGAUGGGGAGAUCCUGAUGCUUCCAAAUGUUUGGUUGCCGCUUCCCUUGAUGACCGCAAAAUCGACCCAUUGUUAGCUGUUGCACGUAAAAAUGGUGUGAUUGAGAUACUUAAUCCCCUCAACGGUGAACCCUUUUCGGUUUCCGAUGUUAGUAAUGCUGGUUUUAGGCCAGAAGAUAAUGCUAUUGUUGGGCUGCAUUUGUUCACAAAACAGAGAUUGAAGUUAACAUCGAGGUCAUGCACUUUUCUUGCAUGUACGACAAAAGGACAUGCAAGCAUAAAAACAGUUGAUAUGGUUGAUGCUAAAUUGGAUUCUGGUGCCCCGAAAACAUGGAAUGUAUGUGCCUCGGGAAAUAUAUCAUUUUCGGAAGUUGAUGGAAGUGAAAGCUAUGCGUUAUUUGGAGGGAAGGGUGUUGAAGUUAAUAUGUGGGAUCUUGAAAAAUGUACAAAGAUCUGGGCUGCAAAGCCUCCUCCUCCGAACAGCCUUGGUAUUUUUACCCCUACUUGGUUUACAUCUGCAACAUUCCUCAGCAAAGAUCACCGUAAAGUUGUGGCUGGUACCAAUAACCAUCAGGUGCGCCUCUAUGAUGUUUCUGCCCAACGGAGGCCAGUUAUAUCAUUUGACUUCAGGGAGACCCCUAUAAAAGCAGUUGCGGAAGACAGAGAUGGUCAUACAAUCUAUAUAGGGAACGGAUCUGGUGACCUUGCUUCGGUGGAUAUACGCACAGGUAAAUUAUUAGGAUGCUUUUUGGGGAAGUGUUCUGGAAGCAUCCGAUCCAUUGCCCGGCACCCUGAACUUCCCGUGAUAGCAUCUUGUGGCUUGGACAGUUAUCUGCGCAUUUGGGAUAUCGGAACAAGGCAACUUCUAUCGUCGGUUUUCCUAAAGCAGCAUCUUACAAAAGUUGUUUUUGAUACAAAUUUUACCGAAGAAGAAGUUAAACACGAUGCAGCUGAUAAGGCCACACCUGAUGCUCCGAGCAUAGAUGAAGUCCAAAUUGCAGACGAAACCGAAAAACCACCAACAAAAAGAAAGAAGUCGUCGUCUAAAGAAAACAAAGAGGGAAAAAAGAAAAAGAAAGCAUCUAAAGGAAAAGAGGGAAUGAAGAAGUUGAAAUCCAAGAAAAGAAGCAAAAGUCGAGAACAUGACAUUGCUGCUGCUGAUGAAUAAACUUGCACUGAAAAGCUCUGGUUUCAGACCUCAAAAGUACACAUUAUGAUAGGGAUGGCACGCGGAAGAAGCAUGGAAAAAGAUUGUUUAAAACUUGAGCAAAGGUAUGUAUUGCACUACGGUAGGUUUGAUAGAAAAAUAUGCCAAUGGUGAAGCAAAUUGAACCGGUCUGGUGUGGUGGUUAAAUUGUUUUAAUGUAAUUACCCGGGAAAACUG